AAUCAUAUAAAAGAGAGGAUUUUUUUGUAACGUGCACUAUUCGAGAACAAAUCAAAAUGGAUUCAAGAUUAAUGGUUCUAGUUACGGUCUUUGCUGCCGCCGUUGCUUCCAGUGAAUCGAAAAGUUCAGGAGAAUUGAUUAUUCAUGCCACAACCAAUACGUCAGUACCAUCAAUUGAGUAUGUAGUGGAUGCGGUAGAGUUAUUGAAAGUGGCGUAUGAAAUUUAUCCAGAUGAUGAAGGUAGAGCAGAAGCUUAUUUGCAGUUAUAUGAAAAUAAGCAUAACGAAACUCAAUGGAACGUUGUCACCUGUUACAAAGUUAUCAAAUUGAACGCAAAACAUUUUGUGGAGUUGCAAGUCUCAGGAGGAGGAAAAAGUAAGGAGAAAUCUGAUAAAGAAAAAACGGAUUGUUUGGUUAUGCUAUUCUCUGUUUAAUUAUUGGAUGUUUAUGAAAAUUUAUUUAUUUUAAGUAAUUUUAGGCAGAUAUGAAAUAAUAAAUAUUUUAUUUUUA